AUGGCAGAAUACUCUCAUCUUCCCGCUGGCGUGACUCUCGACGUUGUGCCAUUUACAGCUCAUGUGGCCGAGGACACACUCCAACACUUCAGGAAGCUGUUGGAACUUUCCCCUAUUGCACCGCCUGUAUUUGAAAAUACACACGAUUCUGCUAGCAAGUAUGGAGUCACCAGAGACUGGUUGGAGAAGGCCAAGAACGCCUGGCUGAACGAAUUCGACUGGCGUAAACACGAGGAUCGCAUCAACUCGUACCCAAACUUUACUGCCACUGUCCAGGAUGGUGCGGGCAAUGAUAUAAAGAUGCACUUCCUCGCUCUGUUUUCUGAAAAGCAGGAUGCCAUUCCUAUUUCCUUCUUGCAUGGCUGGCCUGGAUCUAUCUGCGAGUUUCUGGAUAUGCUCGAUCUGAUCAAGGCCAAGUACUCCCCUCAAGAUCUACCAUAUCACAUCAUCGUGCCCUCAUUGCCUGGUUAUGCUUACUCUGGCGGACCACCCUUGCAUAUGGACUAUGGAAUCGACAUUGCGGCUGGAGCUAUCAAUAACCUGAUGGUUGGCCUUGGCUUUGGGCCGGGAUAUCUGACACAGGGCGGCGACCUGGGCAGCUUCAUGAGCAGAGUCCUAGCACUCACAUAUGAUGCCUGCAAGGGAAUGCACGUCAACAUGAUGGGUAUUCCGCCCUUGGAUGAGUCAGAAGAGAUGGACCAGGAGCAAAAGCGCGCUAUUGAAAGAGCGACGGAAAUGAUGGAUACUGGAUAUGCAUUUGCUCUAGAGCAGGGGACGCGGCCGGCUACCAUUGGCCAUGUCUUGAGCUCCAGUCCGCUAGCGCUACUAAGCUGGAUUGGCGAAAAGAUGCUCGCCUGGACCGAUGGCGAUGUUCCAUUGGAAAAGAUACUCGAAGGCGUCACCUUGUACUGGAUGACGGACACCAUGCCUCGAUGCAUGUACCAUAACCGGACUCUUGCAAAUGCAAAUGACAAUCCAAAGAUUGCAAGAAUCAGUGUUGCCACUGCUAUGAAGGCACUAAAACUACCGGUUGUCGAGAAACCAUGUGGUUACUCCUUGUUCCAUAACGAAAUCGUCCCCGUUCCCAAAAGUUGGGCGGCUAAGAGCUGUAAUCUGAUUUCAUUCAACCAGCAUCCACGAGGAGGACACUUUGCAGCACUUGAACAACCGGCUGAAUUACUUGCUGAUGUGGAAGAAUAUGUUCACCAGGCUUGGGCUAUGUAG